UUGUGUUGAAUUUGCAUUUACGUCAGCGAAGAGCAACCAGCGGGACGACAAUGGGUGCCGCUGGUGGCUUUACCUUGGCUAUUUUUAAACCUCAUCUGGUGCGGAAUCCGGUGGCCUACGCUGCGGUUCAGCAGCUGAUCGAAUCGAGUGGGCUGCGGAUUGUAACUAGCAAGCGGCUACAGCUCACCGAACCGGAAGCAAAGAAGUUUUACCGUGAGCACGAGGGACGGUUUUUCCACCGGCGGCUGAUUUCGCUGAUGACCAGUGGACCCCUGGAGGUGUUGAUACUGUCCGGAGAGAAUGCGAUUGCCAGAUGGCGGGAGCUGUUGGGACCAACCAAAGUGUAUAAAGCUGUUUACUCGCAUCCGGACUGUUUACGAAGUUUGUACGGGAUUUCGGACACGAGAAAUGCUGGACAUGGAUCAGAUUCGGUGUCGUCUUUCCGUACCGAGGCAGAGCUCUUCUUCCCGAAUUGGCGCUUCUCGCAGGACUGCAGCGAAGAACCAACGUCAUAGUCAUUAAGCGCUCAACCUGUUUGAAGGUAGGAACUGGAAAGUGGCUUCUGACUGUUUUUUUUGUACUUUGCAUUUUUCGUCAGCAUUAAGUUAUUUAUUCGUUCAUUCAUCCCUCAAUAUUGCCUUCCCGGCGGGCAUGAGAAACAAUAAAAGCACUAACGUACGAGGAUUUUCCGCAACUAGAAACGUGUAACAAAAAACCAUUAGCCUGAUAUCACAUUUUCAGUAGUUUUUA